UGAAAGGACAUUUUUAAAUUGCCAUCAAAGCUUUGCUAUUUUAUUCUUCGGCUUUCCUGAGCGUUUUUAAGAUUAAAAAAAAAUUGUUAAAAUAAUUACAAACAUUUUACAAGUUGGCAGCGACCGUCACCAAUCUGUAUUACAGACAAUCUUUUGUCAGUAUUUUGCACACCAUUUCACACGUUAAUCAGUAUUUGCCCUCACACGGGUCAGUAAUACUGACAGUAUUCCUAACGUCUGUCAGUAAUACUGAAUAACAGAACAUGUAAGGACCGCUUAAGAGUUUGAGAUUGGAAUAUGGCGGCACCUAUUUGACGUUUUAAUGUUUUGAACAGUUGGUAGCAACGCGUGUGGACAGUUUGGCAUUUUGUGAUGUGAGAUUUUUAAUAAAAGUUUUUAUUAUGGCCGUAGGAGCAAAAUUUACACAAAACAUUAAUAUCAUCUGCCAGUUUUAGAGCAAAAAAUAUAAGAUAGUUUAGCUGAAACACUUGGGCAAUGCGGAUUUCUGCCAGAAGAGCCUGUAUGCGUCUCUUCAAAUUUGGUUAAGAGAAGAAAAUAAAAAAUGUUGGAAUGCAAAUAAAAACAUUAGGACAUAUGUGAUAUGAAACGUUAAUUGGUGAUACUGUAAUGGACGAAACUAUUGUAAGGAAUUUGUGUUGAUCUUGUUUGGGGCAGAAGGGUGCAAAAGACAUGUUAAGUGAAAAAAAGUGAUGGUGUAGUUAAGUAUGUAUGGAAGGAGCACCUGGUAAAUGUGACAUAUCGCAAUGAUUAAAGAAAAGCACGAAAAGGGCUCAGACAAUUCAAAAGAAGAGUCUGUUAGCGCAGACAAGGAGUCUGCAAAUGUGGAUGUCCGUAUAAAAAAGGAGGAUGAUGUUACAGUUAAAAAAGAACCUUGUGCAGGGCCUAUUACAAAGAAUGGUGGUAUUGUGGGUUCAACAAACACAGGUUCAAUGCAGACUGCUACAGACCAUAAGGCUGAAACUCAUUGUGAGGAUGCUGUUAAUGCUUCAGGAACAGACUCAAACUCACUACCUUUAAAGCAGGAGGAUAGUAUAGAAGCAGAUAGCCUUGGAGAUGCUUUUGGUCUUGCUCUUGGAGGACAGGCUGCAUCUGGAGGAGCUGGGAAUCAUCCUCCUCCCAUUCAGCCAGAAGGAGUUCAACCACUCCAAAGUAACGUAAUUAAUAAACAACCUAACUCAAUGGAAGUCCAAUAUAUGCAACAGCAGAGUCAAAUAUUUGUUUUCUCAACAAUGUUGGCAAACUCUGGUGCAGAAGAAGUAGUGCAGGGCAGGUAUGCUUCAAUAAUAGCCUAUCACUGUGCGCAACCUGGUACCAAGAAGUACUUAGAAAAAAACCCGCUUAAAAUAACCCAGUUUAAUAGGCCAAACCCUGCGCAAUGGCUAAAUAGUUUGCCCAUGAUGAAAAACAAAGGUUGCACUAGAAGUCCCAGUCUGGGUCCCAAACCUCCUACUACCAUAGACAAUUUCCUGGGGCCAGAAGGGUUAGAAGAAAUGGUAGGUCUUGGUGACCCAGAUGCUCCAUGGGAUCAGAAAAACAAUCAUCAUUUAGAAGGCUUGGACAGUGCCGUUAGUAAUGGAUUACCUGAUAUGGGUCCAGAUAUGGAUUCUUGUAGCCCCUCCCUUUCAAACAUUCAGCCCAAACUACAGGGUGUUCAAGUGCCUGAUGAAAACCUCACUCCCCUGCAGAGGCAGCGCAGGGAGGAAAAACUAGGAACAUUAAGAAAUUUGCAGCAAUUGCUUUUUCUUGAGAACCAGAGCAAUGAAACUGGUGCUGGACCUUCAGAAGGUAUACCUGGUAUUCCUCCUGGUGGUGCACCUCCUGGGUCUGGUACAGGUGCACCAGGACAAUCCCCAGUGACUGCUCAAAUGGAAUGGCAAAAAUUGCAGCACCAGUUUUAUGAGGAUCGAACAAAAAUAAAGCCUCAAUCCCAACAAGGGGGUACCAACACCAGUUGUGGCUCAAUAGUUCCUAUUGGUCCAGUAAGUGGUGCAAGUGGACCUUUACCGCCUUCAAGCAGUGCUGCACCGACCAAUACAAGAGGGGGACAAGGCAUGGGUCCGAGGCUACAAGGUCCACCUCCACCAUAUCAUCAGACUCCUCGAUCAGCAAGCGUCCCUAUUGCACUGCAAAGCCCUAAUCCUACAUCACCCAAUAAUCCCACCUCUAACCUCUCCCUUCCUUCUCCUAGGGCUUCAUCGGCCUUGAAUUCCCCUGCAGACCCUAACAGAGCGUUUGGUCUCACGCGACAUAUGAGUACUGGUCAAAGUCCUACAUCUCAGGAUUCUCCUUCAGCACCAAGACUUAAUCAUAGUAAUCCCAGCACGCCACUUUCCUCACAUCUAUCACCUAGUGUAACGAGUAGUAGUACUGAACCAACUUCGACCCAUCAAUCUACAGUGGAUGGUAUGUUUGGCAGAACACUCCAGUCAAUGGCGCAACAGAAACAACAAAUGAACACAUCAACUACGUCGUCCUGCUCCACAAGUCUUUCUGCAAUGGGGGCUGGUAAAGAGCCUAACCUUAUGCCAGUUCCAUCACCUCAACAAAUUCAGUACCUAAAUACUUUUGAAGGUCAGGAGCUGAUCAUCCAAAAGCAACCUAAUACAAGUCUUAAAGAAGGCAAUAUCAUAUCACCACCAGUAUUGCCAACCAGUUUAGAAAGCGGUUUUCCUGGUAAUGCAGAUCUUCCACACACAAGGGUUUCUGGCCCAAAUACUCCCACUUCUAUGGAUGUGGGACCACGUUUCCCUCCAACACCUGGAGUAUCUUCAGAGGGUUGUCGCUUCCAAAUUCCUAGCCCUCAAACCCCUACAGCUACUACCUGUGGUGGGGAUAAACCUCAAAGACUUUCAGGGCCUACAACUGUUGCACCAGGUAUGAGUCCACAAACAGUGCCUGGACCAAAUUCUGAUCCACUUAAAACUGACCUGUUUCCAACACCUAGUCCACAUAUGAUGGACGUUCCUCGGUUUCCAGGUCCAAAUGCCUCUCCAGGUGCUAAAAUGGCUGGAGGCUUUGGAGUCAAUGUGUCUCCUCAGGGAAAGCCCAAUCCAUUGGAUCUCCCUAACUAUGGGUGUGCAAGAGGGGAUAAUGUCCCUUUGAACCCUAAUUGUACCAGUAGUAUGCCAGGAAACCCCAAAGUUUCUCAUUUUGAUCCAAUAUCUUCAUUGGCACAGAUGAGUCAACAAUUGACAAACAGUGUCGCAAGCUCUUUAAAUGGCCAAGGAAAUCAGGGGCCACCCAUGAUGAAUUUCGGAUCCCCAUCAAUGCAUAUGAUGGAUAUUGGAGGUUGUCAUGGAAUGGGCGACAUGGAUCAAGGUGCUAAUAAUAUGAUGGGCUUGCCUAUGCAAGGCCCACCACAUGGCUUCCAUCCAAACUCUCCAAUGGGACAUAUGCGCUCUCUAUCGCCAAAAUUGUCAGGUGCCUUCCCUAAUCAUAUGCCUAUGCCUAGGAUGAUGGGGCGUCCUCCAGGACCAAAUCCAUACAACGGGGCUAAUGUUCAAGUUAAGCCAAAUGCUCCUAAUACAAUACAGUAUCUACCUGCAAAAUCGCAGGUGGGAGCAGCUCCAGGACCUCGAGGACCACCUAGUCUAGAUUUUCUAACCCGUCUUGCUACUCCAAUGAAUAUGAUGGAAAACAAAAUGCCUGCUCAGAACAUGCAGUAUUUCUCCAAUUGCGGCCCUAAUAACGGUCCCAUGCAAGGAAGUCCCAUGGGACCCCACAUGGGUCAUAUGGAUGGUGGCCCAGGACUCACCCAAGAAGGGCCUAUGGGACCGAUGGGACCUAUGGGUGGCCAUAUAGGUAAUGGGGCUGGUCCAAUGAUGGGUGGAGGAAUGCCAAUGCCAGGUGGAAUGAUGCCAAUGAUGAGAGGAGCACCAGCUGGAAUGAGGCCUAUGAUGAGGAUGCCUCAAAUGGGUUUCAAUGGCCCGCCUGGGGGCCCAGGUGGACCAGAUCCCAGCAUGUUCAACCCAAAUAUGGGUCCCACACCUUCUGCUGCUCAGAUGUUUGUCACUGGCCCUAAAGGUAGUCCAAUGGGCAUGGGGGCUCCGGAUGCCAGCCAACCAUUGCCUCCAUCCAUGGGACAGAACAAUAGCUUUAAGAAUAAUUCAUUUGUGGGACCCACCACAUCUGAUCCCAAUUAUGCGCAGCAAUAUCACAACUUCCAGCAGCAGUUGUAUGCUACAAACACGCGUAGUCAAAUGGGAGGUGUUGCUCAGGCUAUGGGUCCCGGUCCCGGACCACCGCAUAUGCAGCAACCUCCCUACUUUAAUCCUAAAUAGCAAAGAAACAUGGUGCUGCUAACAGUGUGAAUCGAGAGUAUUUUAUUUUAUUUUUGAUAUUACUGAUCAAGUAAUCCGGCAAUAAUAUGAUUGUGAGAUUGGUUUUGUAAAUUUGUGUUAUGUACAAAGGAACAAGGAUUGUGAAAAAAAACUCUUGUUGAAAGUGCAGUUAAAGUCUGACGCAGGUCGGUUCGUCGUCAGUGGAUGCAUCAGUUUACCUGUGCUGCAGAUCACCUGAAUACUUACGCUAUUCCGGAUUUGUAAAUUUGCCAUAAACUAGAGAGACGUAGGACUUUAAUCAUUAAGUGUUGGACUUGCUUUGUCCUUUUUACGACGGAAGUUUCACUAUUGCUCAUUAAUUUGUUUCUAUCCAUCUGUUAUUCGUUUUAUUGUA